AUGGUUCGCAACCACAUGAAAUUCAGCACCACUUACAUUUCUAAAAGACGGCUAGUUUUUUUUUGUAAUUAUAUCUUCUUCUUAACUACGAGUCUUCGAUUACACUUUUUUUUUUCCAUUAAAGAGGAAAGGAAGAGACUUUUUCUUUUUCCUGCGAAUAGGGAAAAAAAAGAAGAAGAAUUUGGUUUGGUGGGAGAGAGAAGGAAGAAUGGUAAAGGUAAUCGAUUCCCAUUACCUGACCAUCACCGCCAUUUUCACCGUGGUGUAUCAAUUCAUAUUCUUCGUAAUCACAGCUCUUUUCAAAUUCGAUCAAGUUACCGACUUUGCCGGAAGUACAAAUUUCGUGAUACUUGCUGUCUUGACUCUGGUUCUCAAAGGCACUUGGCAUUUUCGUCAGGUAGUCUUGACUUCACUAGUAGUCGUAUGGGGACUUCGUCUUGGCAUGUUCCUCCUUAUGCGGAUCCUGAAAUGGGGUGAAGAUCGACGCUUUGAUGAAAUGCGUGAAAACAUGGGGAAACUAGUAGUCUUUUGGACUCUUCAGGCCGUGUGGGUUUGGACAGUUAGUUUACCUGUUACUCUUGUUAAUGCAAGCAACGGUGGAAGAUUGUUUCAGCCCGCAGAUGUUAUUGGUUGGACUAUGUUUGUUGCAGGGUUCUUGGUUGAAGCUAUAGCUGAUCAACAAAAGCUUCUAUUUAAGAAUCGUCAAGAAAAUAAAGGAAGAUGGUGCGAUGUUGGACUGUGGAAGUUUUCACGCCAUCCAAACUACUUUGGAGAGAUGCUACUUUGGUGGGGCAUAUAUGUGGCUUCAUUGCCUGUUCUUAAAGGUGCAGAGUACCUUGUCAUAGUUGGACCAAUCUUUCUCACUUUGCUGCUUUUCUUCGUUAGCGGCAUACCAUUACUCGAGGAAUCGGCAGACAAAAAGUACGGUAACUUGGGAGCUUAUAGACACUAUAAGAAGACAACCAGUCCCCUGAUUCUGUUACCGCGAGGAGUGUACGGGUACUUACCAAGGUGGUGCAAAACAGUCUUUCUCUUUGAGUUUCCAUUGUACAGCAAGAAUCUCCCUCAAGAAACUACAGUCUGGGAUAGAGGAAACUCAAAAAAGAAGCAUUGACUGAGGGAGAUGAUUACAGUCUGUACUCACAUGUUCUGUGUUCUCUCAUGAUCAAACUCUCUUUUGUAUAGAUUCUCAUUCUGUCUUCAGAUAAUUGUUGAAACGUGAUUGAUACAUUGAUUGAGAAUACAAUAAAGAUUCAAAUCAAGCUCCAAAAAUGUUGAAAGGAGGAA